AUGUUGUACAUCUAUCAUUUCUCCAUUGCUUUCGCUUUCGUAUACAUAUUACGUUUCUUUCAACAACGAUUCUCGUCUCUGUUCGCCCUGCGCCACGUUCCGGGCCCGAAGUCUUCCUCCUGGGUGUGGGGCGAAGAAAAGGUGUUGUAUUAUAACACACCUGGUGCCUUAUAUCUGGACUGGCACCGCACAUACGGCAAUGUUGUGAAAUUUACAGGAGCGUUUGGCCAUCAGCUCCUUUCCGUCACGGAUCCGCACGCAAUAUCGUUUAUUUUGGGAGAGGGCGCAUACCAGUUUCCCAAGCCAAAAGGCGUGCGUGCCUGGUUUCGUAUGCUGCUCGGAGAGGGUAUUCUCUGGGUGGAAGGCAAAGAAGCUCACGAGAAGCAACGGCGUAGCGUCGGCCCAGCAUUAAGUGUGCAGUCUGCACGGAACUUGACUCCGGUAUUCUACGAAAACGCUACCAAAAUGGUGUCCCAGUGGCACAAGCUUCUUGAUGCCCAACAUAGCGACGAAAUUGUGAUUGAGAUGACUAACUGGGCCGGACGCUUUGCGUUGGAUACAGUUGGACGAGCAACGUUGUCGUACGACUUUGACUGCCUUCGAGGCCAGCCACACGCUCUCGCGGAAACCCUAGACGGCUUGACGAAUCACGAAAAAUCGCUUACCUCAUUUUACAUGAAAGCUCUUUUUUGGUUAUUACCAUCUAUCUUGCAUCUCGGCAAGAAAGGGCAGAUGAUCAGAAAAACCCGAAAAGAGCUUGGGGAUCUGGCUACAGAUAUCUUGAAGGAUGCGGAAGCUGUCAGUGAUCCGAACAGUAAGACGCUGAUGUCACUGAUGCGUAUGAUUCUGAAUUAUUCGAGGAUCAUCACUUCGUUGACAAUAAUCUACACAGUGCGAGCUGAUAAAGCCACUGCCGCUGUACGUAUGGAUGAAGAGCAAGUUGCAGCGCAGAUGCGAACCAUCAUUUCAGCUGGUUAUGAACCAGUUUCCGCCACGAUUGCUUGGCUGUUCUUUGAGCUUUCCAUGAGCCCGGAAUGGCAGCAAGCAAUUCGUGAAGAAGUUUCAACUGCUGGAGACCCUACGUUCGAUGAACUCAACAAUGCCUACCCUCUUCUCGACGCAUUUUUCCUAGAGACACUCCGCCUCCAUCCACCUGUUCUCGAAAAUCAUCACGAGGCUGCUGAGACCAUCAGUAUACCUCUUUCGGAACCUGUAGCAGGGUCUGGUGACCUUCACCUCGUCAUUCCAAAAGGCACAAUCAUCUCACUACCUGUCAAUGUCAUUCAAAAAGACAAGUCAACGUGGGGGUUCGACGCAGACGACUUCCGACCAGAACGCUGGCUCCACCGCGGUACCAGGACUAGCCGCGAGUUGUUGGCUUUUAGUGUCGGCCCCCGGGGCUGCCUCGGGCGAAACUUUGCAGCUGCCGAAAUAAAGGCUCUGACAGUGACUCUACUCCGACACUUCGCCUUCUCCUGUCCACAUGAAAUUGAAGCUUUCCAGAGUUUUGUCAUUCGUCCCCGAGUUAAGGGAGAAGGCUCGAGUUCGCUACCGCUUACGGUUCGCAGAACCCUGUGACAAGUCAGUUGGGGGGAUGCUAGCUCGUGGGCACAUAUUUGUUUAUACUACUUUCGUAUUGAAUGUACCGAGAUGUGAUAUUGCACUUUAGACAUUAGAACUCAAGUGACCUUGUAAGGACGCUAUAUUUUUC